AUUACAGCUCACAGAGUCUGGAGCACUGUACACAAGGAACACACAACCUGCUGUUAAAAUAACUUAUAGAGAAGUCCUCUCUUGGGCUUGGGACUAACUUAGGCAUUAAUACUAUAGCGUGAAUUUAAUAUAAAUGAAUUAAACCAGGAGUGUUUAUUUAAAAAUAGCUGGCAUUCCAAAACGAAAGGACAAGAUGAGGAGAAAAAUCGCUUCCCUAAUUUUCACUCUAUCUGCACUGAUCCAAAAUCCUGUUCUUGUGACAGGGAGAGAUGAGUUUCUGCAGAUUUCCCCGAUAGCUCCUGUUGUAAGGAUUGGAGAGGCGGUGGAGUUAAGAUGUGUCGCUCUCUGCCCGAGUGGCAACCCAGAAUGGAAGCAAACCAUAGACUCAACACCCGGAAAAGUGACUUCUUCCGCUUCAAAUUCGGUUUUACGAAUCGACAAGGUGCUGGAAACGUAUGAGAAUACUUACAAAUGCGUCGUCAGAUGUGAUGGAAGAUACUUCCAGAAGAGGGUCUUUCUAUCUGUUUACUCAUUCCCACACAAUCCUCUGGUGAAAUUGCAGUCACUCAAUCCAGUGUCUGGGCAAACAGUGACGCUGGAGUGUUUGGGGCGAGAUCUUUACCCCUGCUACAAGAUCAGUGUUCUUUGGUAUCUCAACCUUGAGCUGCUCAAGUGCGAGAAACAAACACCGAUUUGGAAUCACCCAUUGUGCAAUGUAGCCUCUCAGCUAAACUACACAACAAACUCCAGGAACAGAGACCUCACAUUCACCUGUGAGAUUCAGUUGGGUCUAAACUCAGAGGGAUUGAGAAGCAGGAACAGCUCAUUGGAGAUGCAUCUUGACAUUCGGCUGUACAAUAUCCAAAUCGAACCAACCCAUACGGUGCAACAAGCAGGAAAUUCGCUGUCAAUAUCAUGCAGUGGGGGCGGUGACCCUGUACCUGAAAUCACCUGGAGGAAACCUGACUCAGGAAGCAGGACCCCUCCCCACUGGAACAUCACCAGGAGGACCGGCCAUUCAACGCUGUACAUUAAUGAGCUGGAACCUCAGGAUGGAGGAGUUUACAUCUGUGAAGUCAGCAAUGGCAAAAGCAGCACCGAACGUCAGAGCUCAGUAGAUGUUUGGUACGGGCCCAGGGACGUUUUCAUUGACGGUGGGGGCAAUGCCCGGGAGAACGAGGCGCUGGCGUUAACCUGCCGGGGACAUGCCAACCCUGAACCCAACAUCACCUGGGCCAGGACUACCCACAGCCAGCAGCAGAGGUGGAACAUUUCCAACUCACGGGGGAGGUCGGAGCUGAGAAUCGAUUCUCUGAGACCUGAGGACCAGGGGAUUUACGAGUGCCUGGUGGAGAAUAAAUUGGGUGACGUGAGGCUGAAAGCUCAGGUGGAUGUGGAAUACGGGCCCAGGGACGUUUUCAUUGACGGUGGGGGCAAUGCCCGGGAGAACGAGGCGCUGGCGUUAACCUGCCGGGGACAUGCCAACCCUGAAUCCAACAUCACCUGGGCCAGGACUACCCACAGCCAGCAGCAGAGGUGGAACAUUUCCAACUCACGGGGGAGGUCGGAGCUGAGAAUCGAUUCUCUGAGACCUGAGGACCAGGGGAUUUACGAGUGCCUGGUGGAGAAUAAAUUGGGUGACGUGAGGCUGAAAGCUCAGGUCAAUGUAUUUGUUACAGUGAAGCCUGAACAGAAAGCUAUCGUUCUGGGCCUCAGUGUCCCUCUGGCAAGUUUGUCGGGCUUUGGAUUUAUGAUUUACCUAAUUCGCAAAAUCCUGCUCAAAGAGUUGAUGAAGAGAAAACCUUUGAGACCAGAGGGUAGCACAUCAAAAGGCCCAGUCUCACACAGUCAAGUCCUUGCUGAAAUGGCCCUCAGGACCCCGGACAAUGGGGCUGGGUCAGGUGACCACCGUGAGGUGCUGCAGACAACUCAGGUUAAUUGGUAAAUGUCAAAAAUAAUCAGUUGAGCUACUGUAAUAUCGCAGCUGAAACUCAGAAAUUUAUACAUGAAUUUCAAAGGCCAAGUGUGUUGCACUAUUUCUAAGGAGUAGCACCUGCUUCAUUGACCUACACCAGCUCCUGGUCCAAUAACAUCUUGAUUUUAAAACUUGCAGCUUUGUUUUCCAGACCCUUCUAUGGCCUCACCCCUCCCUAUCGCUAUAACCUGUUCCUGCCUUAUAACCUGCCCAGAUCUCUGCCCCUCUGAUUCUGGCCUCUUGAACAUCCCCGAGUUUAAUCGCUCCACUAUUGGUGGCCCUGCCUUCAGCUUUCUCGGCCCCAAGCUCAGGAAUUCCCUCCCUAGACCUCUCUGCCUCUCUACCUCACUUUCCUUCUGUAAGAUGGUCCUUACCUUGACUCUCCUUCCAAACUCUGAGGAAGGGUCAUGCGGACUUGAAACGUUAACUCUGUUUCUCUCUCCACAGAUGCUGCCAGACCGGCUGAGUCUUUUUCCAGAAUUUUCUGUUUUUAUUUCAGAUUUCCAGCAUCCAUAGUAUUUUGCUUUUAUCUUAAAACCUACCUCUUUGACUAAGUAUUCAGCCAUCUGUCUUAUGCAGCUCUGCACAUUUUAUAAAGCACUUGUGAAGCACCUUGGAACGUUUCACUGUAUUAAAAACAUGACUCAAAUG